AGUUUAAAAAGCCGUUAAGUUAGGCACCCCAAAACUCGUUUGUUUUCUUUGUUGUGGCUCCUCCGCUUGAUGUGUUUCAAGAGUGAAAAAAUCAAUUUACCAACAUAAUUCUGACUCUGCUUAUUCUCAUUACGCAAGAAUGAUAUAAAAUCGCGGUUGUGAAAUGCCCACCUGUAUUAUGAACUCUACAUAUGUAAUUUAAAUUUCGGAGUCAGCUGACGCGUUUUGCUGACAUCGUGUUCCCACUCCCACUUCCUGAAUGUUUUCGCGCUAAUUAUUAACUAAAAACGCGGGCUUUUGUGUGUGCGAAAUUGCGCCUGGAAUUUCUUAAAUUGGAACACCAGAUCCCGACCGACUUUUUUAGUUUACGUUCACGCAUUCUACCUCCCUCGGCAGACAGUAAUCUCGCAACAGCCAAGUAAAUAAUCUGCGACACAGGUAUAUACCCGUAUAUAAAAAAUGUCGCAGCCUUCGGUGGCCUCGUACUUCAGCACGAGGAAACGAGCCGCCUCCGAGGAAUUGCGGGGCAAAGCAAAAGUUUUAGUUUUGGAUCAGGAGGAAAGAGGUUCGAGUGUUAUUAUAGAAAAGCUACGAGGUUCCCAGCUCUCCGAAUCCUCGACGCCGCUCGCACCAGUGUCCGAGGACGUUCCCACAUUUUCUAGCGAGGAAAGUUCCAGUCCGAAGAUCUUGUACAAACCCAAGGAUUCCGAUGUCGAGGGUCCUUCCAACCUGAAGGCGAAUACCGCUGUACGAAGCAUAGUUUUUGAUCUUCCAAAAGGUGGUUCUGCAAAACCUGGUACUCCAAAAACGCCGAAGAUGCCUCCGAGGACCCGCUUGCGGUCUCGGAAACUCUCCACGGAAGAGGGCCAGACUGACAUCAGGGAAACUUUGAAGAAAAGUGAGAAUUUGGAUAGUAAAAAUGUACCUUUCGAGAAAAAAGGCUUGCUAAGUCCUAAGAAACGAUGUGCCUCUCCUAAAAAACAUGUAAGGACACCCAAAAAAGGAGAAAACAAGGAAAGUCAGAUUGAGUCACCCGCAGCUGGAUCUGUAACUCCGAAAAAAGCUCCGAGGAUUGAAUUACCUUCCAGGAAGGAUUUGAGUUUUAUUGAGAUUAAAAAUAGGAUCAAUCAGUCUUCGAGACUUGCGGAAAUCAAGGCUUCGAUUGAUAGGAUUAGAAACUGCGAUGAAAAGCUGACCAGGCUCCAGGCUCAGAAUGAAAAGAAACCAAUCCAGCCACAAAGACCACAGAUUCGCAAGUUUGAAACGAUCGAGUUGGAAAUUCCAAUUAGUCCUUCAAAAGCUGCCAGGUCUCCAAGUAAGAUUUUCAUGAGCCCUGUGAAGAGUGCAGAGAUUCUAAAAACAGCGAGUCCUCAACGCCGUCUUCUUUUCGAACCAAAAGAAUCGACGCCAAGUCCUGUGAAAAGUCCUACAAAAGCUCCAGCUUAUCAGAGAUAUCAAUCAUUGGCUGAAAGCAAAUCUCCUGCCUUGCCAUUGCCAUACAAAUACAGAUUCCUCGCAGAAGUUUUUAGAUGCAUUGAUACAGUUGUAGCUAUGUUGUUUAAUCGAAAGGAAAUCAUAACAUUCAAGAAACUCAAGCCCGCCGUUCAAGAAUUGCUUCGUCGCAAUUUUAAUUUGGACCACAUUGCUCAAAUUAAAUCUGUGUAUCCAGAAGCGUAUACCUUUCAGCAAGAGAAAAUCCGUAGCUUUGGAUCAGCUACAAAGCAGCCUAGAUACGACCUCGUUCUGAUCCCGAACGGCGAAUCUCAGAGUGGUAGAAACACGCCCGACGCUGAUAAUGUGCUGAAGUCUGGAUCGGAAACUAGCAUGGGACCAUGUACUCUAUUAGAAAGGCGCAGAAAAUUAUACAAUAAUCUUUUAGAAUUGGUCAAAGACGAACAUGAUAAGUUUCUACAAAGUUUGGAAACGCCAAUGAUAGUUCCGCGGGAAAAACUAGUUCGCUGGCAUCCGGACUUUGAGGUUGAAAAUUGCAAGCCAAUAGAAAAGUCUGAUCUGCCGUUGCCUCCUGAUGCACAGAAAGCAACUUCUGCGAAGGAUGUUCUUGACAAAGCCAAGACGCUUUUCAGCUGCAAUACACGAAUGGAGAAGGCUUUACAGCGGCUGGCCGAGGCUAAUAUGACCUCGAAGUCUUUACCGUCGCCUUCGAGUUCAGAAUCAUCGACAAAGACUGAUGUGGAGGGUGAGACGAACGUCGAUGGAUUUACGAAGGUCCAAAUUUCCGUUGUUGAUACUCCUCCAGCGACUCCUACUACUAGCGCUUCCACUAGUAAUUAUCUCAGUUCGGCGUUUAAGGGAAUUCCUAAAGCUCUUCUAGAACGGGUUCGUGCGAAACAAGCGGCCAAAGCAUUAGACGCUAUGACGAGGUCGCCAGCCCAGGACAGAGAAGCUGCCAUGCAUUCCAGAUUGCCCGAAAUAGCGAAGAUACUCCGAAAUAUUUUUGUAGCUGAAAAGAAGAGUGUCCUGACCCUAGAAUUUGUCUUACAAAAAUUAGACAACUCCUACAGAAUGAAAUUAACGCCAACCGAGAUGGAAGAGCACAUUCGUCUUCUCUGUAAAAUUAUACCAGUGUGGACGAAUAUACGAAACGUGAGAAUGGUAGAUUACUUAAAGCUUGCAAAAGAAAUCGAUAUGGUAAAGGUUAUUAAAAAAUUAGAAAGCGUAGCGAAUGACAAAGUGAAAACUUGAUUACAGUUCGAAGACAGAAGUCUCCUUUUUAAAGACUGGCUAUUUUUUCUACGUAUUGCCGUAAUUCGCAGAUAAUUCUCGGAUCUAUAUUUUUCAUAACGCAGUUGAAUUAUUCGUCUUUGCAUGGUUCUGUUUUUUUUCUCUCUAUCUCUCUCUCUCGACAUUUUGGAGCAUGAAUGAAUUUUUGAAUCAUCUGAUAGUAUUUUUAUAAUCUCAUCGCAUAUUUUUUUUUUUUUACGAGAAAAGAGCAAUAAGAGGCUUAAUUAUUGUUAAUGAGGGUUCUUGAUAAAUAUUUUAAGACUUUAUUUUAUGAUUAACUUUAAUAGUCGGUAACGCGAAUCUACUGAUCCUUCGGAAAUAAUGUACGAAGUAUUAUAACUGGAUAAUACAAAUCUGCUUGGCCAUGAUAUAUUUCUUUAUAUUUAGAUUUUUUAUUUACUGGUGUUUAUACCGUGAAUGCGAGAAAUACAUUGGGUAUUGUUUCUUAAUUUAAAAUUGUGGGCCCUCAUUAUUAUAGACAGAUUUAUACACAACGGGAAUUUUUUAAUCUGCAGACACUACUGCAAGAUUUAUCAGUUUUUAGAAUCUUACAAUUUGCAAGCAAGAUGCUAGAAUUAGGAAAACCAAAUAUUUGUACCUCCGCUGCGGUAAAUAAAAUUUACUUUUCGUUUGUAA